AUGACGGCGAAGGAAGCAUGGGAUACUGUGACUUCGACAACCAUCAAACACUGUUGGGAUCAUAGUGGAAUUCAACUAGAUCUCAUCUUAGCGAGUACUAGGGACAAUUCAUUUAUUCCAACUUCAACAAGUACAUCAAAUGUGGGUAAUAUUGGCCCCCAUAAUGACCCUGCAGCAUGGCAAAUUAUUCAUGAAUUUGCCUCCAGCAACAUGUCUCUGCUGGAAGCGGAAACUCAUCUACAACAGUUCCUCACUAGCUGCUAUGUUGACACUGAUUGGAGACCUGCUUUGAAAGCAGUUAUGGAUGUGGAGGGUGACAAUGAUGCAGCACUCAAAGCUGUUGACACACUCACUGCUGCCGCAUCUCAUCAAACUGGCCUCAAGAUCCAGAUUCCUGCAUGUCUGAAGAUGCCUGCCUAG